AUGUCUGGCAAACGCAAGACUCUUCUUCCGAAAACACUCCAUCUUAUUCAUGAGCAAGGCUUACAGGUCUCUCCAACAAAAGGUAUUAGUUCCUUCACUGAGAAACCAGGGACUCACUUAGCCGCAUCUUCGAACACUACUCCACAAAAGUCUCCAGGAAAGCUGCUUGAGCGGGAUACCGAACUACAGAAAUGUACUUGCAAGAUAGAUAAGUAUUACACAAUCGACCAAGCUGGACUAGGGGUGUUAGCCCUCAAAGAUGCUCAUCAUUUGCCAUUCUGCGUGAUUAAGAAAUACCCAAGAAGCAGCAAGAAGCAUAUUCGAAAUCUGAAGCCAGCGCGACAUAAGAAUCUGAUAUGUCUUUUCGAAUAUGCUGAAGCGCAAAGCGAAAUACAUCUCGUUUAUGAAUAUGAACAUAUCCCUAUCUCCUUAGGCUGCCUUGCAGGAAGCGUACAAUUUAGCGAAGUCGCAAUCGCUACUGUCAGCAGAGAGGUCUUAGAGGGUCUACAGUACAUACAUUCAGAAUUGCGGAUGUCUCAUGGAGCAAUAAACCCGAGCAAUAUUCUACUGACAUGGAAAGGUGAAGUUAAGAUCGGGUCUGAGACGCCAGAUACUAUGACCACUGGAUCCAACCUAUCAGUAUCUGCUAAAGAGUUCAUCGACAAUACAAAAUGUAAAUCUGUAGGAGAACUAUUGAAGGUAAAAGGCUCUGGAUAA